ACUACACGGUAGCCAUAGCAACUGCAGUACGCUGUCAGACUCGGGCAACACAAGAGGAGAGAAAGAGGGAGAUGAUGGACGACUAACGUUAAAGAGGGGAUUUAAUCUCGGUUUUGUUCGAAGAAAACAACUCUGGUUCAGGUUAAGGUUCCGUCAGAGCUAACACACCGAGUUUAGAAAGUAAACUUGGACCUUAAAACAUCUAUAAGUCACUUCUUUUGACCUUAACUAGCGUAAAAACAACCGGGACCAAAAAUAUUUCGUGAGGCAAAAAAAUAAAAAUAAAAAAAAACAAAAAAAAACAAUUGAAGCGACGAUGUUUGCCUUUGUGGCCAAAGUUAGAAGGUGAAGCAAGAAGUUAAAUCAAAUUUCCAAAUGGAUUCGGGCAAAGCUGUGCACAGAAGAAAACCGGACAUUCCUGUGAUCAGACCGAGAGCAUCAGAUGAGAACCAGCAGGUCAGCGCUAAAAGGCUUGAACUCAGUAUAGUGAUUCGUCUUCUCGAGGAUCCGUUAACAGCUGACUUGAAGGAGAGGCACCUUUUCAUACUGAAGAAACUCCUAAAGAGAAACCAAAUUGGCUUUCUUUUGAAGGAGCUGAAAGGCAUCGCCAAGAUUCUGAAUAUCUGCGCUGAGAAAGUGAGGGAUCACCCUGAAUAUGUGCCCAUUUUGUGUGAGGCACUUAACAUUUGUAGCCUCCCCUUCCUGAAGGAGAAAGCAUCUGAUGAGCUGACCUACGCCCAGGAUGUCAUAGAGUUCCUCUCUCACAUGGGAUGUCUGAUGAGGGUGUCAGAUGCUGAAGUGAGACAGCAGAUAGUUGCGUCUGUCAAAUCGUUCUACAGCUGUGUGGCGCCUAAACAGCUGCUCGACGGUACGGACCCUCUCUUCAAGACAAAGCCACGGACUUUCUCCUCUGACAACCGAUUUUCUAGACUUUCACUAAGGCUCCAGCCAGCCUCUCCAGGCUACAGGCUGCAGCUGCUGGAGCGCAGCGACCUGCCUCAGACGUUGCUCCUCUCCAUGGCUGCUCUGGAGAACCAGCCCGCCAUCAGGCUGCAGCUCCUGCAGACACUUCAGAUCCUCUCCAGCUCCUCUGAUUUAAACUGUGUCUUAAUACUGAAUGCACGAGGAGCAGAGAUGAUCUGUCUCCACAUGAACGAACCCGACCCGUCUGGCCAGGUCCUGUUCCGUUCCUCCGAGAUCCUCUGGAACCUGCUGGAGAGAGGCAACAAGGAGGAGGUGACGGCUCAGCUCAGCAGCAUGGAGUGUGUCCUAUCUCUAAAAGAAGCAUUUUUCACCAGUUUGGGACACUCAGACCACCAACUCACAAAUGAGCUGCUUGUGAUCGUAGCUCUCAUCGCUGAAAAUCCCAGCUCUCUGCUUAUUGAGAGUUCGUUUGCCAAAGAUCUCGUUGUUCUCGCCACAUUUCCAGAGUUGAAAACUGUGAACCCUUUGGUGCACAACCUCAAGCUCAACUUCAGUACCGAAGACUUGAAAAUGAAGAAGCUGCUGUUGAACCUGUUGGUUUUGCUGUCGGGGGAAUUUGCUGCGCUGCAGCUUUUUGAAGAGGAAAGAGUAAUACCAGCUCUGCUGACGCUCAUGAAGCCUCCUACAGCCUCAUCUGAGCGUCGGUCAGGUUCAGGUCGCUGGUCCUCGGCCCAGCAGGAGGAGCUGCAGCUGCAGGCGCUGACCAUCCUGGCCACCAUCGCUCCGCUCAUGUUGGAAGAAUACGUGUCCUGUCAGGGAAUCGCAUGUCUGCUGCUCCUGCUGGACUGGUGCGUCAGGAAAGAUGCUCUCUUUGGUCACAGCUCCCAUGGUACAGGAGGAAGAGGCAGUAAAACCGCUCAGAUGUUUCACUGUAUCAGAGUUCUGAGAUCUGUGACGUCUUCAUGUGUGGACUCAGUCAACCAGGACCUUUGUGAUCAAGGAGUCAUCAACCAGCUCUUGGGGAUUUUGAUGCAGAUGGAAGCGAGUCCUGACGAAGAGGAUGUCAUCACCCUGGAGAUAAAGUUGGACAUUCAACUGAUACUUUCACUGCUGUGUGAGAGUGACAUGCACAGAAAGGAGCUGUUUGGAUCCGAGGGAGUUGAGAUGGUGCUUCACUUCCUGAGAAAAGGUUCCGACAGGUUCUACAGCGGUCUGGGACACAACAAGCUCAUCCUGUCCACAGUCGACUGCGUGUGGUCCUGCAUUGUGGGCUGCUACACCACAGAGGAUUUCUUCCUGGCUAAAGAGGGAGUGUCUCUUCUGUUGGACUUACUCAGUUCGAGCCCCGGAUGCGUUCACUGCAACAUCCUCGCCACCCUGCUGGAGUUAUGUGACAACCCCAACGCUCUGCCUCACGUCGUGAGCUGGAGGGACGGCAGAGGUCAGACGGCUCCUGGACUCCUGCUGCAGCUGUGGAGGGAGGAGGAGGAGGAGCUGCAGGUCAGCCGAAACCAACACGGAGGGAUCGCAGAUCCCCAGAGGCCCCUCCUCAGUCUUCACCAGCAGCACGACACCAAACUGUCGUUUCCUGCUGACGUACCGAGUCAAGCAGUGCUGGAGUUAUCAGAGAACCUGCGGGCAAAGAUUUACUCCAUCCUCUGCAAAAUUGGUUUUCAUGAUCUUCCUGGACUGUCAGCAAAACAUUAUGUGACCCUGAGCAUUGUGAGGAGAUAUCUGGACUUCAAGGUCGGUGAGGUGUGGGAAGAGAUCAGCGGGGAGCUGAGUUUGGACGGCGUGAGACCGAUCUCUCCUGAUGAGGAGGCUCUGAGCACCAUCUGUAAGAUCACGGAGGACACAGCGAGAAGGGUCGCAGCAGAGCAAAACAGCAUCUUAGAGCAACGGGAGAAAGAGGAACUCGGCGAGGAGGAGCUCAUGUACGCAGAGAUGAAGUCUCACUGGAGGCAGCAGGAGCUCAUGGCAAAGUCGUGGGACAGCUACGUUUCCAGGACUUCAAACUAUGAGAUCCUGAAGGAAGUGAAAGCGCAGAGGGAAUCAACCAGACCCAAACCAAAGCCUGAAGGCACUGCUGUUCAUCCAACAGAGCAUUUCAUCGGGCAGGUCAUAGCUGCAGAGAGCACAGACGCUCAGGGCUCUGCAGGACUGAAGCUGAUGCUGACCAGAGCUCCCAUCAAGACUGCAGGUCAGGACGCAGUGGGAGCCACAACUCAGGACCCAGAAUACUUCAGCACCGUAUCUGUUAAAGACUGAUGUCGGCACAGACUCUCGUUUAAUAACUUUAUUAUUUUAUCGUAUAGAUUUUAAUGUACAUGCAACACAACUGUGCAACAUUUUAACACGUUUAUCACAAACAGUUGAUUUUUAAAGAGAGCCAAUUCAUUCGCAGCGUCUGUAGAGAUUAUUGUUUGUUUAAUUUGAAUGCAGACAUGAGGUCACUCGAUGUGCACAAUCAGCAUCUUGUAGUCUGGUCCUCCUCCUCAUGUAGACAAACACGCACACUGUAGUAAACCGACUGGCAACUCACAUGUCUUCUCAUAGCAACUGUUCAAAUUCCUACAUUAAAUAAACAAAACAACUUAUAACCAAA